GGUACAGCGAAUUGCUCACCGUUAAGUAUUCGAUUUUUUCUCGAGAUGGAACCAGUGGCAUUGAUAAUCCUGGCUCUAAUCCCAUGUGUGGCUGGCGACUCAGGGGAUGACUUCAACAACUUGUUCUCGGAUUUGGCGCCACUUCUGGCAUUAUUUGGGGAGAGAGUCACCAUGCAGUUUCUAAGCGAGUCGAUAGUCUGGCUCGACAAUAUGAUAUUCGCACUGGCCCCCUUCGGAGUAGUGACGGCCAUCGUCGCUGCCAUCAGAGUUAGCGGACCGUCAUAGCUUCGGGCCAUUAUUGGGAGGUCAAGGGAAAAUUGCGCAGCCACCGAGGUUGAAAUCAUGACCUCAAGCUCAAACGAAGUCUGCGAGCUCUGGAACGGACAGGGGCUCGUCCGCGCUCUCGGAGAGGCCCCGAUUCGGGAGUUCAUAUGUUUAACCCCUCGAGCGGAGCCUGAUCUCGAAUUGCCACCCAAAAUGAAGGAGCUACGAGAAGCGCAAGACGACGGCUAUCUCGAAGAAUGCGACCUGAGAGAAUAUACCCAACCAGGAAAAAAAGCCAAUGCGACAAAAUCGCCACUUUUUCAUCGUAUGACCGCAAGCCCCCCGGAUUUCAAUGAUGACUACUCUACUUCGUCAGAUGCCUCUCGCCGCUGUAUCAUUAUCCGCAACACCGAUUCGGCCGCGCCAAACCUGUCGCUGAACAUUCGGAACCGGGCCGGAAUAGGGGAGCAUAUCGCCAUCGUCGUUGCUGCAGCCUUAAUUCAACUGGGAGUAGUCUUUUAUGCAGGGUUUGCAACGUAUUACCCAACCAUGGGGUAUCCGAAGGAUGGCCUUGCGGUGGCCGGAUACGCCUUUCCUUGUGUGGUCACUGGCAUUUUUAUGUUAGUUGUCGGGAUGUUUACCUCCGCCCACGUCGUUGACAGUGGCACGGUGGAGAAGGCAUACAAGGUGAAAAUCAACGAUCAGUCGUUCGGCUCCUUUGCGCUCUAUCCACCAGAGCCAAGGAGCCUGAUUCUCACGUCAAUCCGAGCACCCCCAGACGUCAAGUUGAAGGCCAAAACAGUCGCGGCUACACUAGUAGCCCUAUGCGGCUUUUUUAUACAAUUCGUGGGCCUCCGCGGCUCGCAUUGGUCGAUAUUCGUCGCUCAGCUGGGAGCUACCAUCAUGGUCGGUUUGCGAGCUUGGAUGCGUCGGGCCGCCUACGCUGCGAAGCCUUGCCGUUUGGCUCUUCCUCGCGGAUAUGAAAUGGACUGGCUUGCGACUACUUUCGACAGCCUAGCAGGUGCACCAUGGCGUAAUGGUCUCACACGGCUCACGCCAUGGAGCCGUUUGAACCAUGGGUAAAGAACGACGUGAUCAAGGCCUCGGAGAACGCGCUCAUCGAGGAAGACAACGCGAACUCCGACGCGGCCCUGAGACGCAUGUAGAUCAGAAUAGGUCUUGGUACACUCGCGAACUGGCGUAGACCCGCAUCUGCCGAGGCCUACUGCCUUGCGAAGGCAAUAGAAAUCGCUUUAAACUUUACGGGCGUCUCUGGAAACAAA